AUGGGUUGGGUAGUGGGCUCCCGGCCCCGGACAGUGACCACAACGUCCUGUGUAGGCGGCCGCUGCUACAGCCUGACUCCUGCCAGUGUCUUUCAGGAUGUUAAUGGGUGUGCCUUCUUUUCUGUCCUCUGUCUCACAGCCUCAUCUCCUAAGUCCUUCCCUCCUCCUGGCUCCUCCUCUCUAUCCUGUCUGGGCCCUGACUCGUCUUCUCCCAGAAGCCCUUGGCCAGCCUUGGCCUCAGGGCCCCACAACCGUAAGCGGGUUACUUUGCUGCCACCCUUCCUGAGUGACCAGGCACAGCGGGUGCACGCGCUGGGAGCCUUCUACCUCUUCUGCCAGGCCACAGGUCCAGCAGACGUCCGCUUCAUCUGGGAGAAGAACAGACAUGCCCUGGAGAUGUGUGUACCCGUGCAAACCCACAUGCUGCCUGAUGGCACGGCCCAUGCGCUCAGCUGGCUUCGGGAUACCAUCCAAGAAACCACCGAGUACAGCUGCUCUGUCCUCUCCUCAGCAGGGAACCAGACCUCAAAGGUUCAAAUGACUGUGAUGAGACAUGAGGCUUUCCAGCAGGAGAAGUGGAGCCAGGAGCUCGCUGCAUGGCGUGCUGUGGCUGGGGAGCAUGACCGACUGAUGCAGGGCUGGAGGAAGGCAUGGGAAAGCUGCAAGGAUACCUUCUAG